AUGUCGUACAACGACUUCUCGGAACUGUGUCGCGCGUGCUGGCGGCGUAAGUAUGGUUUCGUUGUGAUAGACAAGGAGAGCUCAGAGUACAACGCGCGCAAGCAUCGCACCAUCGGCGCACGACCAAUCGACGUAAUGCCGGCUUCAAGCAAGAGACUCUUGCGCAAGGUGUACAGCAACGUCAAAAUCGCAGGAUCGGCGCGAUUCAGAGUAGGCAAUCCUGUGCGCGUGCAACAAACUUUACCAGCGACCUACCUGCUCGAGGAGUAUUGCGGUGAACCAAUAGCCGGCGGAUUUUAUGAGCACGAGUUGCACGCGGUUAAACAUCCGGAUGUGUAUCUCGUAGAAAAGAUUCUGCGUCGUCGAGGCAACGAGGUGUUGGUCAAGUGGUUGGGACUCAACAAUUCACACAAUUCCUGGAUAAAUAAGAACAAUGUGGUUUACUAA